AGUGAGUGGCGUUGGAGCAUCUAUUGUACAGAGCCAUCUAUUGAAGAAGAAGAAGAAGAAGAAGAAGACGAGGGAGUGGAGUGGUUAAGAUUAACGAGAGGAACAAUUUGUGCAUUUUUGUUUUUCCUACGAUAAUAUAUCGUUUUAUAAUAAAACAUGUCGGAUAAUUCUGAAGAUGAAUUGAAUUGUGUCAAUGAUAUCGAGGAAACACCCUGGAUUUUUUACAGAGACCGUGAUGAGUGGAGUGACGUGACUCCCAUACCUCAGGAUGACGGUCCUCAUCCCAUUGUAGCAAUUGCAUAUUCCGAAAAGUUCAAGGACGCCUAUGAUUAUAUCCGUGCCAUUCUAAAGUCAGGUGAAAAGUCGGAGCGUGCGUUGGCUUUAACUGAAGACUGUACAUGGCUUAAUCCUGCAAAUUAUACUGUAUGGCAAUAUAGAAGAGAGAUACUUCAAGCUUUGGGAAAAGACUUAUACGAUGAGCUGAAGUAUACAGGCAAAAUGAUAGAGAACAAUUCUAAAAAUUAUCAAGUAUGGCACCACAGAAAGGUCAUUGUUGAGUGGCUGCAAGAUCCUAGUGAAGAAUUAGCAUUUACGGAAACUAUUUUAUGUAAAGAUGCAAAGAAUUAUCAUACCUGGCAACAUCGCCAGUGGUGCAUACAAACAUUUAACUUAUAUGACAAAGAAUUGGAAUAUGUAGAACAAUUGUUAAAGAAUGAUGUUCGUAAUAAUUCUGCCUGGAAUCAGCGUUAUUUUGUGGUAAGUAAUAUGACCAAGUUUGAGCAAGAGGUGAUAGACAGAGAGGUUGACUUUGCAUUGGAGAAGAUAGAACUAGCAAAUGGAAAUGAGAGCGCCUGGAAUUACUUGAGAGGGAUAUUGUUACAUGAUCCCAAUGGCUUAGGUUACAAUGAGAAAGUACGAAUUAAAUGUAAACAAAUGUAUGAAAGUGGAUGUCGUAGCAUUCAUCUGUUGGCCUGUAUGAUAGACAUUUCUCAAGAAUGUCACAUGAUGGAUGAACAUAUAUUUUCUCCAUAUCAUGUCAAUAAUACUUAUGAUUUAUGUAAAGAAUUGUCAAAAACAUAUGACAAAAUACGAAGGCGAUAUUGGGACUAUAUUGCUAGGGAGUUAAUACAUAAAAUGAAAGACGACCUUAAUUCAGAUUAGACAGAUUGACUCGAUUAAAGAAAUCUUAUAGUCUUUGCGCGAAGAAGUCACGUUGAAACCGAAGUGUAUGCAAGAGACGGGCACACACGCGGACGAAUAGACACGGAUUGAAACCCGAGGAAACAACGGCACGGUGUUACUAACCGAAGCAGCCGAAGAUAAGAGAGACAAUGAAUCGAAAUAAGAUGCAACAAGCUAUACGUAAUGAAGGGAGGAUGCCUUAAACACGUAGUUCAGGUUGACAGGUUGACAUAACGUCGUAUCCAGCUAUCCUAACAUUUAACAAUUAACAUCCAAACGAUUACUCCAUAAUGCGCUCUUCCACGAGUGGAAACACACCGUCUUUGUUAACAGAACACAUUGAGAAUAACCGGCUACGCAGUUUUUCCUUCAUCGCGAGACGUCGUACACAUCGUUGAUCGUGAUAUAGGUAUACGCACAACUCCGAUAUCGCUACCAAAGAAGAUUGCUUCCACCUGGGCGUCGGCGAGCCGUUAGAACUAUGAGAUACGUAGUCUUACCACAAGUAUAUAUACACAUACUUGAUUUA